AUGGUGGGACUAGCUCAACCAAUGCCUAAGAAGGUGUCAAGGAGCCAGCUCGACCGACAGCUCGAUCGAGCUAGAAACCAGGGCAACUCGAUCGAGUUCACAACUCGACCGAGGAACCCAACUUCAAGAAGCAACAAGUUCAAGAUGUUGAGAGGUGAAGGAAGCCAAGCAGCAUUCAAAGGGCAGAGAAGGCAAGAAGAAUGA